UAUCCGUCCAUCCUUCAACAAUCAGGUCCGCUCGGAAGGCCCCAUCUAUACAUUCAGUCACGCGAUUGAGAACGUCGCGAUCACGUGUGGUUGAUACGCGCUGUUUGCCUUGAUGUGGGCCAAGUUUAGCUCGGCGCUGAAGUCCAAAGCGGCCCCCGCUGAGUCGGCUUCUCUCACCCCGAACCCGACUGCACAUCUUAAUCCCGCUGGAUCUCAUGGCGAGGUCAUGUCAAGCGUCUUCGAGCAGCAUCCCAACCUUUCCGUCUUCCGUUCAGCCGACCGAAGCGAGCCACAUCCGAUUCCGCCCCCUUCUCCGUCAAGAUCCGGGCGUAUGAACAUUUUAAGCGCCAUGAAGAGCACCAGAGAGCACCAGAUCAGACCAAGCACAUGCUUGGUUACUAUAGAACACAUUGUAUGUAGUCAUAUGCCACCGCGUGCAAGGCCGGCCAGCUGCAAGAAAAUAAGCCCGAUGACACAGUUUGGCGGUUCGAACGGGUUCGAACCGCGUUCGACCUUGGCAGCCUCUCCUCGGAUUUGGCCGAACCUGAACCCCGAACUCGAGUUCAGUUCGGUCCGGUUCAGGUUCGAACCGAUUUCCGAACUGAACCUUGAGAGCACUAGUACAAUAAGCCCGCGGAUUUAGCUUUCAGGUGAUCUUACUCUACCCCACGAUGUCCUCUCUCGCUGCUGCUGCAGAGAGGCCAGCAUCCACCUCCAGUGCGUCGGAAACGACGACGAACCUCGCGGGAGAUCUCGAUUUGGAGGCGCGUUUCAAGGACGGUAAAGACAGGGUGGGAGAAAAAUCUGACGCGCAGGAAACACCGGCACCUAUGCCUGAGACGCUGGCUGCAGACGAUCCAGAAAAUCCGCGCAACUGGAGCACUGCUUCCAAAGUGACAGCCACUCUUGUAAUCUGCCUAUGGGUGCUUACGCUCACAUAUUCGUCGACGGCAUAUGUUGCCAGCAUUCCUUCACUUAUGAAGCGGUUCGGGAUCUCAGAGGAAGUUGCUCUCCUGGGCGUAAGCCUCACAGUUCUUGGAUUUGCAGCCGGGCCGCUCAUUUUCGGCCCUGCGUCGGAGCUAUAUGGGAGGCAGGCAGUGUACCGAUUCACCGCAGUGUUCUACAGCGCGUUCUUGUUCGGUGCCGCCUUCGCACCGAGCGCAGCGGGUCUCUUGAUCUUUCGGUUUCUAUCUGGAUUCUUCGGCUCGGCGUCCAUCAACAAUGGACCAGCAUCCAUUGGGGACUGGACAUCUCCAUCGAAUCGCGGGGCGUAUACGGCCCUCUACGGCCUAAUGGCUUUCGGCGGGCCCUGCCUUGGGCCUCUUGUCGCGAACUUCAUCCAGAGUGAUGCGAAUUACCACUGGAACCUGCGUGUUAUUGCGAUCUUUGGGACUUUCAUAGGCCUGCUAGUCGCGCUAGUACCCGAGACCCAUGGUCCCACUUUAUUGAGGUGGAAACUGAGGCGGCAAGGGCAGGAGACACCGGCGCUGACUGUUGCCAAGAUUGUUGCCACCUACAAAGUUGCCUUGGCACGACCUGUGCUCUACCUUGUGACAGGCAAGCGACCCAUCUUCUCUCCCUCUUGCAGGAUCGUGCUCUAUGGAAUUCUGUACGGCUUCUUUGAAACAUUCAGUGUCGUUUAUGUCGAGAUCCGAGGAUUCAAGACCACUUCCUAUGGCUUGACCUACAUUUCCCUCGGACUAGGCUUCGUCGUCUCGGCCAUUCUUCUUGCCACUGUCGGACAAUACGACUAUCACAAGGCUGCCAAGAAGGCUGCCGCAAAAGGCCUGCCGAUGGAGCCCGAAGUACGGUUGACGUUGACUUGUUGGGGCGCAGUCGCAUCUCCCAUAUCAUUGUUCAUCUUUGCAUGGACGGCUCCCUAUCCCCGUGUGCACUGGAUUGCCUGUUGCAUCGCAGAGUUCAUCUUCGCCUGGAGCACGUUUCUCAUCUUCAACUGUUUUAUCCCCUACAUGAUUGACUGCUACCAGAUGACCGCCGCCUCGGCACUUGCCGCGGGAAUGGCCAGUCGCGCGCUCGUUGCCAGCGUCUUCCCGUUGUUCUCCCUCCAGAUGUACCACAACCUCACAGUCCAGGGUGCAACAUCGCUCCUUGGCGGCAUUGCGGUCCUGAUGUGGGCCAAGUUUAGCUCGGCGCUGAAGUCCAAAGCGGCCCCCGCUGAGUCGGCUUCUCUCACCCCGAACCCGACUGCACAUCUUAAUCCCGCUGGAUCUCAUGGCGAGGUCAUGUCAAGCGUCUUCGAGCAGCAUCCCAACCUUUCCGUCUUCCGUUCAGCCGACCGGGGCGAGCCAAAUCCCAGUCCGCCCCCUUCUCCGUCAAGAUCCGGGCGUAUGAACGUUUUUAAGCGCCAUGAAGAGCACCAGAGAGCACCAUCGCCGAUGAAGGGACUGUCGAAGAAAGUUAAGAGCACCUUUGGCGUACAUGGAAACAACUCACAGCUGUCUUUGGGACCCUCUUCCCCGAUUCCUCCACCUGAAUCCUCAUCUACCCGGCGCUCCUCUUUCAAUCUCUUGAAACGCCCGUCCAUUGAAGCACUGCGCUCGCCCACGGGCGAAUCAUUCCGCUCUCUUUCCCGUGCAGACGAAUCGCGUUUCCUUGCAGAGUAUGAACAGCAGCGCCCAACAACACCUGCCACCGCAUUCGAGAACAAGUCAGGUUCCGUGCGCUCUAUUCUUCGCGAGAAGAACACGCCGGGGACAGGCCAGAAUGUCCGCUUCUUCUCUCGCGACGCCUACCGCGUCCUGAGUCCCGAGCAGUCGAUGGAAUCUGACUCAAAUCAAGACUUUCAAUCAAUGGCUCGGCCCACCUCUCCUAUUGCGCCUGCUUCGCAGCGGAGCGCAGUCUCACCGGUGCCCACAGAUGGGGCAUUCAUGGAGCGUCUUAAACGUGCUGGCUCGGAUGAUAGUAACGCGUCGAGCUCCUCGAUGCCUCGUAUUGGAAGUACUUCCAAACUUGUCAAGAAACGGCCCGCCCUGGGUGAACUAUUCUCGCCAACUGCUUCUCCAGAGACCAAUGCGCCAAGGUCACCCGCUGCUCAAGACAGCUCACGCUCCUUGUCGCAGAUGCCUCCGGGCUCGGAGUUUAGCAAUCUCUUUGAUGUCUCUCAAGAAUUAGAGCUGGAUCUUCCUGUCAUCCCGCCGCCAGGGCUUGGAUUUGACUUGGACUCUAUGAUGGGAUCAGCUCCCAAGCCGAUGACGUCGACUCCUUUCCGCGACAAGGGCAAAGGGAAGGAGGAGCUUAGAAUUGAAACCAGCGUCGACGAAAACAUUUUCCACGCGAAGGACAAGGCACCACAGCUCCCCGCCGUUCUCCACGAGCGCACCAACUCGUUUUCUGCUGGACAGACCAUGUUUUACUCAAUAGCCCAUGACGACGAGUCUUCAAAACGGACAUCGACGUCGUCUGAUUUCCCAUCGAGUGCACAAUCCAGUCCCGCGAAGGAUGAGGGCUCUGUCACAAGUCCUGCCGAGUCAUCGUCCCCCGUGGCUGCGGGGCGCCCACGAGCACUCAGCGACACGGUAUUCAUGUCGAUGCUCCGUUCUCCGUCUCCCAAGUCUCUUCCGGAGGCAGACAUCAACGACGAAUCGUCUGCGGAGUUGGUGGUCUACAACAGCGAACCAGAUCCCUUCAGUGCCAAUGCCAAUACAUAUUACACACCUCAGACCAACAUUCCGCCGACGCCGCCACCGGCCGUUUCCCAUUCCCGGACUGGUUCCAAAGAGAACGACACGAUCAUCUCCCUCAAGACGCAGCUGGCCCUGCAGACCGAACUGUGCGGGCAGUAUGAGACCGACUUGGCUGCACGGGACGAGCUGGUUGAUCUUUUGCGCAAGAAGCUGGACGACGUUGACCGUGAGGAGAAAAAACGGAGCAACGUCCUCAAGUCGUGGAAGAAGAAGGUCGUGGAGCUCGAGCGAGCGUGCCGUUUGCUUGAGGAGGAGGUCGAGGGAUCCCGGCAUGAGAGUAUGGAACGCAGCAUCAUGGACGAGGCAAGCUCUGAGGCACUCAGGAUGCUACACAAGCAAAUCUCGAAACUUGAGCGAGAGUGUGACGAGCAGAAGCGAAUCCAGGCUGUGGUGAGGGAGGAGAAUGGUUUGUUGGAGGUUCGAUUGCGGGAGAAGAGCGAAGAGGCGAACCGCUUGAAGGAGGAUCUGUGGAGCCGCGACGAGAAGGAACGACAACUGGAACGAGACAUGAAUGCGAUGAGCGAGCAGGUAAAUAUGCUCAGCAACGUCAGCAUCGCCAUCGACGAGACCGAACUGCGGAAGAUCGCUGCUGGACCGGGUUUCGUUGUGGAUGGAGACGAGGAGCGCCAGCAUCGCAGCCGGGAACUUCAAUGGGACCAAGAACGCGAGGAACUGGUCGCUGCCGCUGAGACUGCCAAACUGGAAAAGGCGGAUGCAGAGUCGGAACUGGACAACUGCAAGCAGCAACUGGGAGAGCAGGCCGAGCAGAUGGCGAUGCUGAAGAUCGAAUUGGAAGCACAGUGGGAGCACACCGAGAAGGCGGCUGACAAGCUCGAGUUGGUCCAGCAAGAGGCAGAGAGGGAGAAAGAUGAGCUCCAUGCGGAGCUGGUCGAAUUUGAGGACCGGGUGCUCACGCUCGAGGCCGAGCUGACUGAGAGCGAGAGUAAGCAGAUCGAACUCGACAACGAGGUACAGGCCUUGUGGGACGAGAAAGAGGCUCGGGACAAAGAGUUUGAAGAGAUCGCCGAGCAGAUCCACAACAAGGAAGCAGAGAUCGAGGCCCUCCAAAAUACGCUCAAAUCUGGCGAAGACAGGAUCGUGGAGUUGACUCAAGAGCGCCAGUACGCCCUGGACAACGUGACGCGGCUGGAAGAAAACAUCCGUCGUCGCGACGCUGAAGUGACUGAGUAUUCUCAGCGCGUUUUGGAGCACGAGUCCGAGGCCGAGUCGCUCCGGGAGCAGAUGAGUCGUCUGAAACGCGAGCAUGCGACUGCCCUCGAGAGUGCUUUGGCUGAGCGGGCUACGGAGAACGACGAGCAGGCCCGAGUUGCACGUGACCGCGUCAAUGACUUCAAGGACGAGGUUGAGCGUCUGCGGAGGCAAAUCCACGAGCUGCAGCAGGAGAGUGCGGAUAAGGAAGUGAAGCUUGCGCAAAUGGGGAAGCAGCACAAACAGGACAAGGAGGACCUGCAAGGAAUGAACAUUGCGCUGGACUCGAAGCAGCAAGAAUUGGAACUGAUGAAGCGCAAAAUGGGCGUCCGGGGCACCGCUGGCUCAACGCCGGCCCAAAAGACUUCUCAGCAGCGCCGCGAUUCGACGGUGUUCAAUGCGACGCCCAGUGUGGGAUCUCGGCCGCCUUCAGUGUUAUCAGACGCCGGCAGCGAUCGGGGCAGCAGCACUGGCAAACUGCCUGCGCUCACGCGUCUGAGCAACAAACCACCCGUUACCCGAGGAUCGAUGGGUCCGCCCCCCGCUCGGCCCUCUGUUUCGGGGACACCGACACCUGCCUCAUCUCUCUCGCGAUCCAUGUCUGCAAAACCUGCUCUGAGCUCGACUCCGGUUGCGGCUCAGCACCGAAGGGUGGUAUCGGCGACGCUUGACCAGUCAAUGACGCGAAAGCGACAGAGCAUGACACCAGGCGAGAAGGAGAACGUGAGUGUGUCUCGCCCGGGCACGAAAGCCCGGGUUCCUGUGCCUUCUUAAGGACAUUUUUUGUCUCCUUCACUGCUAUCUUAUUCCGUCUACUUGUCUCAAUAUCGCUAUCCUCCGCUUUCUCCUCACUCGUCGAUUCCACUGUGCUCGUGCUAUCUAUGUGCUGCUUUUUGCUGUGUUCAUGUUGUCGAUGAAGCAUACAUUUCAUUUGUACAGUAUAUAUAUCUACCUCACUCUACCUGUAUUUGUAAUCAAGACUCUUGAAGCUUGGCGCAAUCUGAC